GUGAGAGAGAGAGUGCAAGGGUGACAUCAAGAAAGAGAGACAAAGACGAAGCGGCAACAUUUCAGCCAAUAACAGAGAACAUGUUUCCGCUGAGCUGUGAGUCGAUGUCUCAGCUCUGUCGACCCUGACAGUGUGGGACUGCUGUGCCGCUGAGAUGUGCGCAUGAAUAUUGGACUGAGAAGCCACAAAAGGACAGGAAUGGCUGUUUUAGGAGGAAUUGCUUAGCUCUGUGUGCCAUAAUGCCGUAAUUGAACGUGCUAACCAUUGUUGGAUAAUUUAAUGCUUUUGGAUUAUUAUUAUAUGUAUAGAGGGUGGAUGCUGUUUGAGGAGGCUAACAUGCUCGCUUCUCAGAUGACGCUGGGAACUCACAAAACUCCCAAUAAAUGCCAGCUUAUACACUCAAAAACUUGAGCCAGUGGGAAUAGCGGCUGCUAUUUCUGCUCAUAAACACUCAUACAUUAAAAAAUGAGCUUUCAACUCUCUUAUAAACAGUAGGACCAUUGUUAUUUAUUGUCACGCCCUCCUACACACACACACAUACACAGACACACAUGCAUGCACACACAGAGACAGACUGAUAUUUAAGGUCGUUUUGAUUCACGUCACUUUCAAACACAGCAAAAUUAUGGCGGCGGCAGGUUCGGAAGCCUCCCAGGCCCCUACCAGUGGAGACCGGCGGCUGGUGGACAAGGCGGUCAAAAGACUGGAUAAGCUCCACGAGCUGUGCACUAACCCCCGGCUGGGCCUGAGGAACAGUCCUCCAUACCUGCCAGAGCUGGUAUCUGAGACGACGGCGCUGCUCUUGCAGGUUUGGGAGCCCUACAGAGGCUCCAGGCCGGCAGGCGUCCAGGUGCCCCGGGGAGACGAGGCCAAGUACCUGAGGGUUCACGUCAGAAACCUGCUGGAUAAGACGGACAGGGCGGUGCUGCUGUUCAAAGAGGGACGGGAGAAGAUAUUUGAGGAGACGUCCAGCUACAGGAGGAACUUGACCAAGCUGUCCUUGCUGUUCAGUCACAUUCUCUGGGAGCUGAAGGCCAUGUUUCCAGGGGCAUGUUUUCAGGGUGACACCUACAGGGUGACCAAGACAGAAGCUGAUGAGUUUUGGAGGCAUUCCUUUGGCAACAAGUGUAUAGUGCAGUGGAGUAGCUUUAAAGAGCAGCUGCAGAGUGUACAUGCAUUUGAGGAAGGGAUGGAGUCCAUGGCUCUGAAGUCGACUAUAGAUCUGACCUGUAAUGAUCACAUCUCUGUGUUUGAGUUUGACAUCUUCACUAGACUGUUUCAGCCCUGGAGGUCACUCAUAAGGAACUGGAACCAGCUAGCUGUGACUCAUCCGGGCUACAUGGCCUUCCUCACCUAUGACCAGGUUGUAGCUCGACUGGAACACUACCUGCACAGACCCGGGAGCUAUAUUUUUCGCCUGAGCUGCACCAGAAUGGGCCAGUGGGCUAUUGGCCAUGUGACCACUGAAGGUAGCAUCGUCCAGACCAUCCCCCAGAAUACACCUCUCUACCAGGCACUCAUUCAGGGCUUCAAGGAAGGCUGCUACCUUUACCCAGAUGGCCGUGAUGUGAACCCUGACUUGACGAGCUUGUGUGAGCCGGCCCAGAGGGGCAAAGUCAAAGUGACAGAAGAGCAGUAUGAGCUCUACUGUGACAUCGGCAGCACCUUCCAGCUGUGUAAGAUCUGUGCAGAGAGGGAUAAGGAUACUCGUAUCCAGCCCUGUGGACAUCUCUUGUGCCAACCUUGCCUCACAGGCUGGCAGCAGAAGUCAGCCGGCCACACCUGCCCAUACUGUCGCUGCGACAUCAGAGGAACAGAGACGAUCCUUAUCGAGCCCUACCUGCCAGGUGAGAGCCAGUGGGAGGAGGAGGGUGGGGACGACACAGAGGAGGACACACAUGAGGACAUUGAACUGAUUGUAAAGGAAAUGGCUGCCCUGAAGAAGUUCUCAAGUUUGGAUUACCAGGUUCCCAUAUCUCACCACAGCGGUCCACCUCUGCCCCCUAAAAACAGCACUGCCCCCCGCUGUCCAUCUCCCUCCAGCCAUUCCCAGACAUCAGAAACCAAGACAGCAGCCAAACACUCCCACUCCCGUUUGCAGGCUCACAGCGGUAAUGACGCACACAGAAGACGUAAACAACAGACAAACAAGAGCAGGCAUCAGGGAGAGGACUCACACAGCAGUGACGAGGAGAGGUCUGGUGGCUUGAGACUGCGUCAGCCAUUCCCGCUCUCCCACAGUGCUGAAUUCCUCACAGAGGCAACGUUUUCUUCUUCCUACCCGAAGGGUGUCAACAGCGGAGCAGCAUGGCUCGGACCCUCCAGCCCAGUCAAACAGAGACAAAGACAAAAAGAGAGGGAGGAAAGGAGAGCGGUGCUCAGACACCACAAAUGUAGCCUGGGAGAGGUGACGAGAACAAUGUCGUCAUGAUAGAAAAGCAACCUCUGCAAUCUAAAGACUCUUUAAAUAAAAAUGAGAGAUACAUGGCAACUAAAAUAUGUUAACUCCACAAAUCAGUGAAUGUGAAAAUAGUUUUUGGUGUCAUGUUUAGCUGUAAAAGACCGUGUGUCUGCAGCACUGCUGAAGCUGAGGUGAGUGGGUGGGACUGACAGGAAAAUGACUCAGUAAGGCCUCCUACUGUUCAAUAAUCACACUGCCAUUAUCUCCGCAGCAGGUUCAGUACUGGUUCCUAAAUAUAGUCUUGCACACUGCCUUCUUUACAAUUAAAGCAUUUUCAGAGCCCUAAUGAAAUAAUAGAAAUGAAAGAAAGGCUUGAUGUUUGAAAAUGUAAUAAUAUGGACAAAUGAAGGGGGGCAAUCACAUAUCUCGGGUGAAUAUAUGAAAUAAUAGAAAUAUGCUACCUCGUCAUUUAACCCGCUCGACAAGUUUCUUCUUAUAAAUAAGUUAUGUGAAUAAAUAAAGGCUUCUCCAUCAGUAACUCCAGCAGACAGUCUUAUAUGAUGCUAACAUCAAACCAAUAAAAAGUACAACUGAC